AUGGCUCAAACCCAAGAGAAGUACGAUAUUGUCAUCGUGGGCGCAGGCCCUGUUGGCAUUCUUUUGUCCCUGUGUAUGUCACGAUGGGGUUAUAAGGUUAAGCACAUCGACAACCGCCCAGUCCCCACUGCCACAGGUCGCGCCGAUGGUAUCCAGCCUCGUUCCACUGAAAUUCUCCGUAACCUCGGCCUGAAGCGCCAAAUCAUGGCCUACAAGCCCGCCAAGGUUUACGAUGUCGCAUUCUGGGAUCCUCUCUCCGGGGAGCAAGGUAUUCAUCGCACUGGCAGCUGGCCUAGUUGCCCACGUUUCAUCGACACCAGAUAUCCUUUCACAACCCUUGUUCACCAGGGAAAGAUCGAGCGUGUAUUUUUGGACGAGAUUGAAAAGGCUGGUACUACGGUUGAGAGACCCUGGACUAUUACCGGAUUCAAGAAUGAUGGCUUGGACGAGACCUACCCCGUCGAAGUGCAGCUAAAGUGCCUUGACACCAACGUCAUCGAGACCGUCCGCUCUAAGUAUCUUUUCAGCGGUGAAGGAGCCCGGAGUUUUGUCAGACAGCAGCUUGGUAUCCAGAUCCAUCACAAGGAUCCUAUCUCCUAUGUGUGGGGUGUUAUGGACGGUGUUGUGAGGACAAAUUUCCCUGAUAUCGAGACCAAGUGCACAAUCCACUCUGAUGCUGGUUCGAUCAUGGUGAUUCCCCGUGAGGACAAUAUGGUCCGUUUGUAUGUCCAGAUCGCUUCAUCUUCGGAUCCCGACUUCAACCCAAGAAAAACGGCGACUGCAGAGGAAGUUCAAGAAACCGCGAAGAAGAUUCUGAAGCCAUACUGGGUUGAAUGGGAUCGCGUAGAGUGGUACUCUGUCUACCCAAUUGGGCAGGGUAUCGCCGAGAAGUAUACUCUGGACGAGCGAGUCUUCAUGGGCGGAGAUGCCUGCCACACUCACACCCAAGCCGGCCAAGGUAUGAACACUGCAUUCCACGACGCUUUGAACAUGGCCUGGAAGAUCCAUGCUGUCGAAUCUGGACUCGCCGAUCGCUCUACUUUGAGCACAUACGAGACUGAGCGCAAAGACAUUGCAGAGACUUUGUUAAAUUUUGAUGCGAAAUACGCCGCCCUGUUCUCCAAGCGCCGUCCCACUGCUGGAGAGGUUGGCUCCGCUAGCCAUGCGACUGUUGCGUCUGGCGGCGAGGAGGAGGAUGAGUUUGUUAAGACCUUCAAAUCAUCAUGCGAAUUUACCAGCGGUUAUGGUGUUGCCUACAAGCCGAACGUCUUCAACUGGGAUGCUAGCCACCCAGCCAAGUCGUCUCUGUUCGACGUUCCUGGUGUGAGACUGACCCCAGGACGUGCUUUCACGCCCUCGACAGUUACACGACUGGCAGAUGCCAACUUCGUGCAUUUGGAGCAAGAGGUGCCAGCUAAUGGUGCAUUCCGUAUCUUUAUCUUCGCAGGUAAACAGGAGAAGACAAAGAAGGCCAUCGCAGAUCUUGCGGCAAACUUAGAGAAGGAGCGCUCGUUCCUGUCGGUCUACCGCAGAUCCGAUAUUGCUGAUGUUUCAUUCUUUGAGCGUCACCAGCCCCACUCCAAGCUCUUCACCCUCUGUCUGGUAUACGCUGCGCAGAAGAACCAGGUCGAUAUGGAGGCUGUGCCCCAGAUUCUCCGCGAUUAUCACCACCACAUCUACGCGGACGACAUUCCCGACGUGAGAGUCCCUAAUGCCAAGUUCGCCGCACACGAGAAACUUGGCUUUGACCCUGAGAUGGGAGGUGUAGUUGUGUGCCGCCCAGAUAGCCAUGUUGCCUGUACCGUGCAGUUGGUGGAAGGCAGCGGCACCGCGGAUGCCCUGAACGCCUACUUUAACGCUUUCUCGGCCAAGCCGUUGGGACAGGACCAACAGCAAAGUCGUCUUUGA